AUGGCAGAGAAAACUAAUCUGUUGAACAAGCUGCCUGGAAAUUUUCUAACACGAUGUAUUUAUCAUUUCCAGAUCACAGAGUCACUCAAGCGUCUGCGCGCUGGCAAAAAGACAUCACGUUUCUCUGAGGACAUUGACUUCGAGAGCAACGUCUCCAAUCUUGAGAACCGCAUGAGGAUUUCCGACAAAAUCCUUGAGAGCGUCGGCAUCGGCCAGUCUGAGGUCAGCGGUGCCAGGAGAGCGCUGCAGGAGAACGAGGAACGCACAGAGAAGAGGAUCGCGCGCAGGCUAAACGAAGAAAACUCACUCACAAAGUGGACCGCGAUCAAGUCCGACGAUGAGACCGCCGCCGCACAGCGAGCGAAGGUCACGAGAGCGCGCCUCACUGACUUAGAAGACGAAAUGAACGAGCUGAACGAAAGGACCGCGUUAAGGGAAAAGCGCGCCGCUCGCCUGCGGGCCCUGGUCGCCGACUCCGAAGCCACCGACUCCACCGUCGCCUCUUCCAAGAUCACCAUCAGAUCCGAGAGGGAAAAGAAGCAAGUCACUUUCUAAAUAACACCGCGACCCUCGCGCAGCUCCCUGUUCUAACGACACGUUUUAGAACACGACGAGUUCUGGUUUCGAGAUAGAUAAGUUUGCUAGAAUGUGUUAUCCUGCAUUUGUCUAUGUACAAUGUUCGAAGUUGAUGUCUAUUUUAUAUUUGGAUAGAAUAAAAUGCUAUGUAUUACCCUGUUUUCUAUUUAUUAAAGAAUUAAUAGAAUAAUUUUACAUUGAA